UAUUGCUGAGCCUUUCAUAAAUGUACCUCAGAAACCUCAAACUCGUUUGUGAUUCGUGAAGAACAGCACCAAUGGCGUACUACUAUAACGCCGAUCAAGAGAGUUCCUCGCUCGUCAAGCUCGAACUAGCCUGCUCAGAUCUCAAAAUCCUCCUAAAAAACUCGGCGAAAAUGGAACAAAAUCUUGGCAAGAUGGACAAGAAGUUUGAUCUCAUAGAGGAAGCUCUCUCAACGGCCUCAAAAAGAGUAGCUCCUCUACAGUCUUCAGCCAUGGCAGCAAAAGCCCUCGAAACCAGAAUCAACAGAGCAGUCACGCCUGCCCUGGCUCUCCUCGACAGCUUCAAGCUCUCGGACUCUCUCCAAGAGAAGAUCACCGAGCUCUACGACGAAUUAUCCGCAGAGAUGACAGAAAGGAAGAGGCUGAAGAAGAUGAUCAAGUACGUGGACUGUGUUGACCAGCUUAAUAUGGCGAUAAACACAAUAAGUGAAGAGGGUGAGCCGGUAAUUCAGAGGCUUCAAGAGGUGGUGGAGUUCUUGAGCAGGACGAAGGCCACGGAUCAGAACAGGACGGAUAGAUUGAGAGAAACUGUGAUCACUCUAAAGGCAUUGUAUGAGACUGAGGUUGAUGCAAUGAGGUUUGAGGGAUCACUUGAUCAAGCUUUGUCGAAUUUGCAGGACGAGUAUGAGAGAAUAUUGCAGCAGAUAAAGCAUCAAAAUAUAGAACAGAAAGUUGACGAGACGGAGAAAAUUGGUUCUGAUCUUGCCACUGAACUGGAAGUUGAAGUUCUUAGAAGGAUUUCAGAGACUCUGGCUGCCAAUGAUUGUUUGGAUAUAUGCAUCGAUAUUUAUGUUAAGGUGAGAUACAGAAGAGUAGCGAAAGCAUUAAUGCGACUGAACCCAGACUAUCUUCGAACUUACACACCAGAAGAAAUCGACGAGAUGGAGUGGGAGAGUUUGGAGACUGCCAUUGCCCUUUGGAUCCAACACUUCAAGCUCGCCGUCAAGGACGUCUUCGUCUCCGAGAAGAAGCUCUGCAGCCAAGUCCUGGGGGGCGUCAUGGAGGGACUAAUCUGGACGGAGUGCUUCGUCAAGAUCGCCGACAAGAUCAUGGCCGUCUUCUUCCGCUUCGGCGAGGGCGUCACCAGGAGCAGCAAAGAGCCUCAGAAGCUCUUCAAGCUUCUCGACAUGUUCGACUCCCUCGAGAACCUCAAGCCCCAAUUCUCCGAGGUCUUCGAUGGCGAAUCCGGCGCAGAUAUCUGUUGCCGAUUCAGAGAGCUCGAAAAGCUUCUCAUCCACGCCUCCAGCAAAGUGUUUUGGGAAUUUGGCCUCCAAAUCGAAGGAAAUUCGGACGGUUUUCCGCCUCCAAGAGACGGCUCCGUCCCCAAAUUGAUCAGAUACGCCAUUAAUUACCUCAAAUACCUAGCCACAGAGGAUUACAGCCUUUCGAUGGAGAAAGUCCUCCAAACAGAGCAGAUUUGGAAGUCCGGAGUCUUGUCCAACCGCGGAAACGACGAUAAUCUAUUCAGAGACGCGAUCUCCAACGUCAUGGAAGCUCUGCAGAGAAACAUCGAGUCGAAACGACGUCGCUAUAGAGACAACCAGAUUCUCUCCUAUGUUUUCUCCAUGAACACGUACUGGUAUAUCUACAUGAGAAGCAGAAACACCGAGAUCGGAAAGCUUUUAGGAGAUCAAUACAUGAAGAGGAAGUACAAAGCCGUUGCAGAGGAAUCGGCUUACUUGUACCAGAAGCAAGCUUGGGGAAACUUGACAAAACUGUUGGAUACGGAGGAUCUUCUGAAGGAAGAAAAGAGCAAAGAGGAGACGGGGAAACUGAUGAGAGAGAAAGUCGAGGCCUUCACGACGGGCUUCGACGAGAUUUUGCAGACGCAGAGAGGGGUUUACGCCAUUCCCGACGGUGACCUCAGAGAGCAGAUGAGAGAGGCGACGGUGAAGCUUGUCGUUUCGGCGUACACGGAGUUCUUGAACUCCUCCUCGACGACGUUAAGAGGGAGGUCGUUUCUUAGCCCCGAAGCCAUCGAGGGGAGACUCAACAAGUUUUUCGACGCGGCUGUUGGGAAGGGGGUGAGUAAUCGUCGUGAUUAUUUCAACGAUCCGUCGGGCCAGAGGAGCUCCACGUCCGCUGAGGCUGAUAUCAAGGGGUUUCAACGGUCUGGAUCGCGUACUAGUGAUGUGUAGAGAAUUUUGUGCCGUUCACGUAAACGGCUUUGGACGGACAAUUGUAAUUGGGAAAUUUAUAAACUUUUUAACCCCACAACUUUGUC